CCGAAGGGGGCACAGCCCGUUUCCCCAUCUAUGUCCUGCACGAACCGUCAGACACUUUAGCGAAGGAAUUUAUUGUUUUCUCCUUCCCCCCCAUAAAAUGCAAGUUACAUGUGUACACAUUCUGGAGAAAGAAGUCUGAUACGCGAUCGGUUUGCAGCGUCGCAGCGGGUCAACCCGUCAGAUCCCACAGUGCACUGAGCCCCCCUACCCCUCCUCCUUCUCCUGUUUACCAUGGCGACGGUGGUGAUGGAGCAGAUCGGCCGGCUGUUCAUCAACGCGCAGCAGCUCCGGCAGAUUCCGCGGCUGCUGGAGUCGGCCUUUCCCACGCUGCCCUGCACGGUGAAGGCGGCCGACGUUCCCUGGGUGUUCCGUGAGCCGCACAUCCUGGCCGGCUACCGGCCGCCCGACCAGAGCUGGCGCUACUACUGCCUAACGCUCUUCCAGCGGCACAAUGAGGCUGUCAACGUCUGGACCCACCUGGUGGCCGCCCUGGUCAUCCUGGUGAAGUUCCGGCAGGUGGCGGAGACGGUGGACUUCCUGCGUGACCCCCACGCCCAGCCCCUCUUCAUCGUCCUCCUCUCCGCCUUCACCUACCUGGCCUGCAGCUCGCUGGCCCACCUGCUGUCGGCCAAGUCCGAGCUCUCCCACUACACCUUCUUCUUCCUGGACUACGUGGGCGUGGCCGUCUACCAGUACGGCAGCGCCCUGGCGCACUUCUACUACGCCAUCGAGGAGGAGUGGCACGUCCGGGUGCGCGGUGUCUUCCUGCCCGCCGCCGCCUUCCUGGCAUGGCUCUCCUGCGCCGGCUGCUGCUACGGCAAGUACGUCAGCCAGCGGCUGCCCAAGUUCGUCCACAAGCUGUUCCAGGUCGUGCCGUCGGGCCUGGCCUACUGCCUGGACAUCAGCCCUGUGCUGCACCGCAUCGGGGCCUGCUCCCAGACGGGCUGCACCGACCCGGCGGUGGCCUACCACCGCUACCAGGUGCUCUUCUUCCUGGUGAGCGCCUACUUCUUCGCCUGCCCGCACCCCGAGAGCUGGUUCCCUGGCCGCUGCGACUUCCUCGGCCAGGGUCACCAGAUCUUCCACGUCUUCCUGGUGCUGUGCACUCUGGUGCAGAUCGAGGCCGUGCGGCUGGACUACGGCUCCCGCCGCGCCCUGUACGAGCGUCUCCACGGCGACCUGGCCCACGACUCGGUGGCCCUCUUCGUCUUCACUGCCUGCUGCAGCGCUCUCACGGCCUUCUACAUGCGCAAGCGGGUGCGAGCCCUCCUCAAGGACAAGGAGGAAUAGGGAGGAGGAGGAGGAGGAGGAAGAAGAGGAGGAAGAGGAGGGAGUGUGCUUGUGUGCGGAGGACAAUCUCACACACCACAGAGAGGCAAGAGUUAACAAAAGGAGAAGAAAUGCUCAAUCAGUUAAAAAAAAAAAAAAACAACACCACAACAACACUAUGAUAUUUCCAACUCCUCUUUUUAUUAUUAGUUUAUUUGUGGUCUGCUAAAAAAUAAAGCAACCAUUGUUUGACCAGGCCAUUGAAAAACAGAACAUACUCCGUAGGGUUGACUGUAUUUGUGAAUUGUGCGUACUGUGACUUUUCCCUCAGUGCAGGGCUGGCUUCUCCCUGUAACUCCACUGGAACUGGCAUCCGCUCUGCCUCUUGCAGACAAAGCAUUGAACACUGAACAGCGAAGGAAAAAAAAACAAAACAAAAGAGUGUCUGUGUCCUGUAAAAUGCACAUAAACUCUUAACAGAGGCAGUGUUUUUGCUUGUUACUAAGCAACAUUACGAACACUGGUGUCCAUCUCUUACUCACAGAUGGAUUGGUUAAAUGAGUGGUUUCCCCCAAAGUAAUGGCAGUACCUGCUUUUUACCACUAGAUGGCACAAAGGUGCUUAGGGAGGGCAUGUUUGAAAGUAGCUGCAACCCCAGAAUGGUGCCUGUUUUCUCUCAUGAUGGCUUUUUAGGGAGACUAAUAGCAGGAUAAAGAUGAGGUUUGGGUUGGUCUCUUCACUGCGGUGCAGUUUUUCUCUAUACUUAUGUUCAAGGUCAACACACUUCAAGCUAGAAAACUACUGUCAUUGUGAAAGCAGGUAAAACCAGGGAUGCGUGCUUCAAGGCCACCAGAUGCCUGUAGGUUUUGUAGCGAUCAGACUGAUCACCAGUGAUGUAAAGGUAGAAGGACAGGUGACUUUCCCUUUGGUCCCCUUUCCUUUGCAUCUAACAAACAAAUGAAACCUGAGGUAGAAACCUCAGCGACUGGAACUGUGUCUUCUCAGUGUGCAUGGUAUUUUUGGCUAAACCUCGGCUUUGUUUUUCGGUCUUCAUGACCAAAUUUGUUUAAUAAUUCCUGUGUCAUGAUCUUAUUUAUCAAUAUAAUGAUGUUAUGUGAUGGCUUAUUGCCAAAAAGACCAAACUGCCAUGAAAAAAAAUCUCAUCUUCAUGAAUUACCCUAACCACAAUUUUUUAGAGA